AUGUUUUGUGACCAGAAGACUAAAAAGCACCGAUCGAAAAGAUUACCUCUACAUUCGUGUGAUAAAAAAGAUUUCCUUUCUAAACUAGAUGAAGAAAAUGAAAAUCAUAAGGAGUUCAUUAAUAAAUUUGAAAAUUAUUCGCUUUCAAAAAUUUAUUAUCAUCAUCCUUGCAAAUUAGAGUUUUCUUAUAAAACAUCAGUAAAAAAAGAAACACCCAAAAGUGAUUGGCAUGAUCUUCGUCAGCAUCAUCAAACUGCUUUUGAGGAAAUAUCUGCUUUAAUUAAUGAAAAUAUAAUAAAAAAAGGACGAUGCUAUUUUUUGACUUAUCUUCAUAGAUAUUACAUGGAAAUAUUAAAUGAAAGUGAAGAAGGGAAUUCUACAAAAAAUAAAGGAAGUUUCACUCCACACAAUUUAGAAAUCAAGAUAAUAAAAGCAUUUGAUAAGCAAAUUAAAUUCUUUAUCAUCCAGAAUAAAAAAUUAGUAGCUCCGAAAAAUUUAAUUUCUAUUGAUGACCAAUCAUUUGAGUAUUUGAAGGAUGAAGAUAUUUUACACAAAGCUGCUUUAUUAUUGCGAAAAUCUAUUUUGCAAACUGAAAAAAAAAAUUGCCACAACUUA